AUGGAGUUGGAUACGGAUCUAAGUAAAAUUCAAAGUGAGGAAUUGCUAAGAAAAAUGUGGCAGCAAUCCGAAGAUAUCAAUCGUAAAAAGGAAAUACGUUCGCAAUUGUACAAGUUACGUGAAUCUAGAUUGCGUGAUCUCUAUCAGUUCGACAUAAUGGCGGAUAGUAAUGUUGCUGGUUUUGGAAAGGAUCCUCUGGCGCCCAGCCAUGGUGAAUCUUUUGGCGAUCAGAGUUUCCAAAGUUUGAAAUCCAAGGAAAUUCGUGAUUCGAUGAGUCCAUCUGAAUUGAAAUUUCAAUCGAUGGCAUUGAAUAAUCCCAGCAGUACUGGAUGGAAUGUCCAGUCAUCGUCGGAGGUAACUCCAGACGGUAGAGGUUUUCGUGCCGAAACCAUUGCCACCACUGAUGGUGUUGAACAUAUCAAUGGCGGUACAGCUGAAUUUAAGGGACGGAACGAACAACGUUCCAUGGCCAUGCAGGAGGGUGACGACAAGAAUUUCGUUAAGAAAGCUUCGGAAAGUUCCAAUACCCAUUUGCAGGAGAAGGUUGUCAUUGGCGAUGAAAAUUCGGGACGCACUGAAAUACGUACCAGUUCAUCGACAUCGACCUCCUCCUCAAAGGUUUUCCAAUCGUCAUCGACUACCGAAUAUGAAAACGGCCAACCGGUCGAUUAUCAUCAACCCAAGUAUUUGAUGGACUCCGUCCCACAACGUAUGCAAGAGCAUCCUCCUCAACAAUAUCAACAGCGCCCAACUCAAGCCGAACCACGCUAUGAACCCCAAUACUAUGAUGAUCAACAGAAACAACACGUCCAACAAACGCAACAAUAUCAACGCAAUCGUCAGGAAACCAACACUUCGCAAAAUGUCCAGACCAAUGAGACUCGUGAGCAGAAUAAACGCUACGUGGAUAUGGAUAAGGCUUCGCCAGAAUAUCAACAACAUGUCCAAUAUUUGAUGUCUCAACCGGGUGAAAUUAUUUCGAAUUCUGUCGAGUAUCCCAAGCCGAAUGUGAAGAUGAUUACGACCGUGAAACGUUUACCCGACGGCACCAUUGUGCGCAACAAACGCUAUGAGACCGAAGAAACAACUCCCACUGCAGCACCAUCUCAGACCAAUGUCAGUACUCAGCAGACGGUAACCAACACCAACAACACCCAGAGGCGUGACUCGCAACAAAACUAUCAGCAGCCAAAAAACUAUCAGGGUCAACCACCCUCGGAUCGUUUGAGGCGUCCCAGUGAUGAUGUUGUCGACAAUGCCGAAACUGUGCGACGUCACACGACCACAAACGAUGACACCGUAGAGACCAAGUACUCGACCACGAAAACAUCUAAUCGCAAAUUUUCCACAGAAACCACUUCGGAGACAAUUCACGAAUACGAUGAUGGUUAUCAGGUGCCAAGUGGUGGUCCACGUCCCAAGCCUGUUACAAAUGAUUUCAGUACCCAUGGUUUCCCAUCGGUGAGACCUAAUAAGCCAACCCAAGAAUUUGCCAAUCAUAGACCACAGGCAAUGCAUCCCACUUCGACUAGUCCAUCACAAAAAAUGACUUCUCCUCCACCAAGGGAAGCUGUUGUCCCGGUGCGUGGCGAAUAUGAGCCCACUGUCACUGAACGACGCAUUCCCACUGAAGAUGGAGAGGUGGUUAUUGUCAGUUCGGAAAAGAAGCGUAGUGUCAAACACCAGACAAAUUCUGAACGAAUCAUUGAAACUGAUAUUCGUUCCACCGACGACAAUCGUCAUUAUGAACAAAUUUUGGACACCACGAAGACCAAUCAGGAUUUCUCUACUCAUGGAUUUCCCUCAGUCAGAGAACCCCAACAGGCACCACAGCCUAGAACCAAUCCGGAUUACUCCACUCAAGGAUUUCCUUCGGCAAGAGGACCACAAUCUCAUCAUAAUACAUAUCCCGAUACUAGAUCUCAACCAUCUGGAGCCAUGCAACCCACAUCGGGUGCACCCAAAACCAUUACAACCCCUGACGGUGAAGUUGUUGUAACAUCCCAAAAGUCCCAUACCACGAAAUACAACACAAAUACGGAACGCAUUAUCGAAACUGAAGUACUCGGGGAUGAUGGCCGCCCUGUACGCCGCAUACCCGUCGAUGUGGAAUACAUCAGUGAUAAAUAUACUGUGACGACUCCUGGAGAUCAAGUGCCAUCGAAGGGAUUCCCCUCGGUACGUUCACCAACUAAACCAGUGGCGGAUUAUUCCACUCCCCAUGGAUUCCCCUCGACCAGAGAUAUUCAAAAACCAUCGACACCAGAUUAUUCCACUCAGGGUUUCCCUUCGACUAGAGACACACCUAAAGCCAGCAGUACUCCAGCAGCAGGGCAAUAUGUGUCACCGACAAAGACUCCAACAUCGUCCACGCCAACCAAGAAACCAUCACCAACCGUUGAAGCUACCGAACGUAUUAUACACAAGGAGAAAGAAGUGGAUGCCGCCCACAGAGCCUUUGCCGCCUCAUUGCGUAGCUCGUCUCCCGUUGAUCAGACUCGUCGCGAUAGUUAUAGUACUGAUGGACCACGUCACACACCACGUUCCAGUGUCUCGUCAACGAAAACAUUUAGACGCGAUAUGCGUGAAGGUUCUCACGACAGUGAAACCAGUCGCAUUAGCAGUACCACUGUCACCCGUCAGACCCCACCCAGGACAGUGGGUGGCAAGACGGUAGUAGUUACUGAACGUGUAACCUCAUCAUCGUCGCCGCGUGGUACUAAAUCUCCUUCACCUGGAAAAAAUGUCACCACCACCACAACAACUACAACCAGAACUGUGACUAGUAAACCCAGUCCAGUCAAAGAUGUGCCGAAAUCAGAACCAUCACCCCGAUCAUCACCAGCACCAACAAGUAGUAGAAGUAGUCCAUAUCCAUCCAGUAAAAGUAAAAGUCCCCUGGGUGAAGAUGAUCAAAAACCGUUAAAGACACAUCCUUCACGGCCAUUAUCGCCAACAUCAUUUCCAUCAUCUAGAUCACCGCAGAUAGAUCACGACACCAACUCACCAAUUGGCCACAAAGAUGUACCAAAUUCGAACGUAGAUCAGCACCCAGCACACCCAGAUCGGAUAAGGCCUGAAAAGGUAUACGACCGUCCCGCAACCGAAUAUGACAGUGAUGAACCUAGAACUGUCAAUAGGGAAAAUACAUUUGAACAAGUUGACAUUGAUAGGGAAACCACAGUGCUGUCACAGCGAAAACCAUCUGGUGAUGCUUCGCGUCGUCAUCCGGAAGAUGAUGUCUUCAUAACGGAAGAUCAUAUUUAUGAAGACAUCGAUUCGGUGACACGUAAUGUCAAAACCACGACCAAACAAUUGAUUACAAAUGAAAAGCAACCGCAAGGUCGUACACCGACAUCUAGCGGGGUACGUCCAACGAGCGAUACAAAACGUCCAAUCAAACGCAACGAGCCAGAAAAACCCGUUCCGCUAGCACCCAAAACUCAACAAAGCCCCAAGGGAACACCAAACACACCAUCACAAAGUCCUCGAAAAUCUCUAACCACACCACAGCCUACUAAGGCUGCACCAAUGAAACCAACAACCAAACAGCCGGCAGGCGUCGUUAAACAACCUGUCGAAAUAACUCGUAAACCCAGUAAACCUGAAAUUGUAAAACACACUGAGGUUAUCAAAACAAAAACUACGAAAUAUGCAGAAAUUUCUCAGCAGGAAUCUCCAGAACGGAAAAAGAAACCACAACCAAAUGGCAAAAGUCCCGCACGUGAACCAGAACCUCAACCAAGUGGCAGAAGUCCUCAACUCAGAAGUCCAAGAUAUGGAUCUCCUGAUCGUGAAUAUCCUUCGGAGGAUGAGAAGGAACCUCAAGAGACCCCCAAGUCUGUACCAUCGACUAAGAGUCCCGUUCGCCAGUCUCCAUUUGAACAGAAAGAUAAACCUCAAGGGAAAUAUCCCUUCGAAGGCAAAGAAAAACCAAGAAAGGAUUCUCCAGAACGAAAAUAUCCCUCAGGAGAUAAAAUGAAACCUACACAACAAUCGGGCAAACCGAUCGAUAAAGGUCCUGAACCCACAUAUCCAGAAUCCAGACCAAUUGGUCAAAGUCCCAAACAGGUCUAUCCUGCACAAAAACCUUCUAAACCACAAUUACGUGGCGAUGCCCCCUCGGAACCAGAAUAUCCUUACGAUACCGAAGAAGAAGAACGUCUUACAAGUGAGCUAACCAUAAGGACGACAAAUGAAAAUGUCAAGACACAUAAGGAAUUUGAUAUUUUGGUACAAGUAAAGCCUCAGUCAAGGUCACAAAGUAAGAGUCCUGGAAGGGAAUCUCCUGAACGUGAAUAUCCAUUUGGAAUAAAACUCAAACCCAGACAAAAACCAGACGAGCCUGGUCGUACUCACUCCGAUGACAAACCACGAUAUAGGCCUAGUGAAACAAGCCCAACCAAACCUGAAUAUCCAAGGAAAACUAAGGACCAUCCUUCCCAAGAACCUGGUAAAGUACAACCACGUGGCGAUGCUCCCUCGGAACCAGAAUAUACUUACGAUACUGAAGAAGAGGAACGUGUAACCAAUGAGCUAACCUUUAAAACAACGAAUAAAAAUGUCAAGACCCGCAAAGAAAUUGAUAUUUUGGAUGAAGAUCAAUUGAUAACAACUAGGAAAAGUCCUCAAAGGGAAUAUCCUUAUCUAGGAAGAGACGUACCAAGAAAUGAAUCCCCUGAACGAAAAUAUCCUUCAGAAGAUAAGAAACAACCCAAACAGCAAAUAAACGAAUCAGUUACGAAGAGUCCCGAUAAUAAACCACAAUCUAGACCACAAUACCCCUCUGGUAAGUUUCAACCACGCGAAAACGCUCCUUUGGAAAAAGAAUAUCCUAGCGAUAAUGAAGAGGAGGAAUGUGUGACAAGUGAACUUACUAUAAGAACUACGAAUAAAAAUGUCAAGACCCGUAAAGAAAUUGAUGUUCUGAAUGGAGACAAACCGCAAUCAAGGCCAGGUUCACAAAAAGAAUAUCCAAUCCAAGAUAGGGAUAAGCCAAGAAAUGAAUCCCCUGAACGGAAAUAUCCCUCAGAAGUUACAACAAAACCUGUUCUAAAGCCAGGUGAGCCAAAUAGGAAGAGUCCUGAACGCACACAUCCCCACGACAAACUUCAAUCUGGACCGGAAUAUCCUUGGGAAACGAAACAGAAGCCAGGUAAAUCACAACCAAGUGGAGAAGCUCCCCUGAAACCCGAAUAUCCUUCAGACACCGAUAAAGAACAUCAUACAAGUGAGAUUACCAUAAAAACCACCAAUAAAAAUGUCAAGACACGUAAAGAUAUUGAUAUUCUAGUUGAGGAUGAAACUAUUUUUACUUAUCAUGGACCCAAGAAACCCGAAGAUCGUCAACCAAAAAAGGAGAAACCUUUGGAUACAGAACAGCAACCCGAUACUGACGAGGAUGUUGAUGAAUUUAAACCUGACGAUAGAAAAUCUAAAUAUCCACAAAAGCUUAAUGAACCAACUUCGAAAACUCCCAAAUCCACAAGACCAAAUCUAUAUGAAACCACCGCUGAACAAUACAUUCGGAAUGAUGAUAUUAAAACCACGAACCAAAAGAAUGUUACAACAACUAUUCACGAACAAUUUACAGAUUCCGAACGUAAAUAUCCCAGAGAAGAGCCUCAAGAACCAGAGGAUAGUCUUCGGCAGGUGGCUCCAAAAUCAAGACCUGAAAACGAACAACCUAAAAAACCAAUCCCAAGCAAAGAUGACAAGGAUUUCGUUCCCAUAUCUCCUCAACAGCCAAUUGAUAAAAAGCCCAAGAGUUCCAGACCCAGUUUGUACGAAACCACAGCUGAACAAUACAUUCGCAACGAUGAUACCCGAAAUGUUACUCAAAAGACAACUUCGACCAUUAUUCACGAACAAUUUAUUGAGGCAGAACAACGUCCACAGAAACCAAAAGCUACCGAUAGCGAGCCUAAAGGUGAUGCGCCAAAGGAAUCAAAAACCUGUCAAAAAUCACCUAAUGAGGCCGAACCCGAAAUAAAAGAUUAUCUGCAGGAAAAGCAACCAAAAGAACAAAAACCCAAGCCGUUUGAAGCAAAACUUGCCGACUAUCCUGACAAACCACAGGAAGCUUAUACCGAAGAUAACGAACCUUCAUAUGAUCGUCCACAACAACCUGAUGAAAAUGAACCUAGAGAUAAGAAACCAUAUUCCGGACAGCCGAUGCCAAAGGAAAAGUAUCCCAAGGAUGAUGAACCUUCUGGAAAACCAACCACCAUCAUCACAAAUUCUACUCAAAAAACUACGAUUCGCGAAAAAAUAACUGAAUCUGAACCUGAGCGACCAGAUGGUGCCUUCAUCUCUAAGGCUCCCGAAGAGCCGGUGCAGUAUCCGAGUUUUGUAAAGAAAGGUACAACUCGUCGUGAUACCUUCGAGGAUCGUUGUCGCGAAAUUUUGGGUAUGGAAACAUAUGGCAAUACACCUGGGGCAUACAAAAAACGUCCCGUUAAUGAGGUCGAACUGGUGGAGGAAGAUGACAAAGAAACUAAAAAAGAAACUGUUCAGAAAACCACCUUCGAAGUCAAAAUUGAAGAUUGUGACGAUGAUGAUGACGAACCUUUGUCAAUAAAUAGUGUUAAGAAGACACUGAUCACAAAGAAGGCUCCCGAGACAAAACCUGUUGAGAAAAAGCCUAAUGAAGAAGAUAAGCCAGAGACUUCAAGUGAUUCGGAACCAGAUGUAACAUAUCCCGAAGAAGAGGAAACUGUAAAGGUGACUACUGAAACAGAGUAUAUUGAUAUUACAAAGAAAUCACCAGUUGUCACAAAACAAUCACCCAAGGGUCCUGAGGGUUAUACAACUACGACUGAAGAAAUUUAUAUUACAGAGGCUAAGAAACGUCUGCCAGAUACUACAAGUGAUUCAGAGCCAGAAACAAGUGAACGUUUUAAGGAAAACAUCGACAAAAAGACAAAAUCCAGAUCACCUUCUUCUAGAUCCCCUCAAAGAUCUACCAAGGAUAUUACCUAUGAAACUGAAGAAGUGGUUACUGAAUCACAUGUCGAUAUGAAAAAGAAAGUAUCUUCCCGUUCUCCCACAAGGCCAAGAUCACCAAUACAAGAUCAAAAGAAGCCCUCUGAUAGAUCACCUCAGAGAACUACUAGGGAACAAGUUGUGGUUACCAAAGAAACCAUGACUAUGAAACCAAGAUCUCCUACAAGACCUGGCUCGCCAUCAACUGAACAAAAGAAACCCAGAUCACCUUCUAUUUCACCACAAAGGAAACCCAAAGUGGCUACAUAUGAGACAGUAGAAGUGACUGAUGAACGUAUAGAAACUACAAGAAAACCAAGCUCCCAAUCGCCAACAAGGCCGAAGUCUCCCAACUAUGAGACAAAGAAACCCUCUUCCAGAUCUCCUCAAAGAACUCCCAAGGAUACCACAUUUGAAACCGUUGAGGUAAUUACCGAAACCACAACCAAAACACCUAGCUCCAGAUCACCAAACAGAUCAGUUUCUCCCAGCACAAAGAAACCAUAUUCGGGAUCGCCAACAAGUUCACCGCAACGCUCUACCAAGGGUACGACUUAUGAGACGGUUGAAGUGAUUAAGGAGGUCACAAAGAAACCGAAGUCACCAACAUGUGUUGAUACUCCGAAGAAACCAACAUCACAAUCAAGAGGUACAAAAUCUACACCGCAGAAACUUUCUAGUUCUCCCGAACGAGCAACCGCAACCGAAGACUCUGAAUAUGAAACUGUGGUUGUCACUGAAAGCUCCACGAAAACAACAUCCAGAUCGCCUACCAGAUUGACAGAGCGCUUUACGGCCUCUAGACCGAAGUCACCGACUUAUGACACUCCUAAAAAAUCAACUUCUCAAUCACCUACAAGAGGUAUCAAAUCGUCGCCACAGAAACCUUCCAGAUCUCCGGAACGACCUACCUUAACUGAAGACUCUGAGUACGAAAGUGUGGUGGUUACUAAACAGACGGACAUUACCAAGAAAACAACAUCCCGUUCGCCCACCAGAAUAACCGAAUCAAAGCCGGAACCAACCAAACGUCAACCUUCGAAACCCGAUUCGCCUACAAAACCCACCUCCAAGAAAUCUCAAUAUAAAACCAAUGUCAAUGAGGAAUUCAUUACAACCGAAAAGGUGUUUGUCUCAAACGUUCAACAAGAUUAUCCCGACACAACUAGUGAUUCGGAGGAGCCGGAGAAAACUCAACUCCGUGAAGUAAACAGCAAGACCAUCGAAAUAACCAAGAAACGCAACGAAACUUCACCCACAAGAAGACCUGAAUCUCCCAUGUAUGGCUCACCAAAGGAUAGAUAUUGUGAAAUGAUUGAGGUAACAAAUAAGAGAAUUGAAUCACCUCGGAAACCCAGUUCUAAAACACCCACUAGACCAAACAAGGAACCGUCAGUUGGAAUAAUUGAGGUUACUCAGAAACGCUCCACAAUCGAUGCAACUAAGAAAACUAGUACUCCAACAAAGCCGUCCCUGAAACCCACAAUGGAUUCACCCAAACAGGGACCGAAACAAAAACCAAAAGGACCUACAAAAUCCAAUCUGAAUGAAGAGUUUAUAACUACCGAAAAGGUGUAUGUAACGGGUGUUAAGAAGGAUUACCCGGAGACAGCAAGCGAUUCGGAAUCUGAACCCCAAGAGACAUUUGUUGAAACCAUCGAAAUUACCAAAAAGAAGAAGAUUGAUAAAACUUCUGAAAUUACCAAGAAAUCCCCUUACAAAACCCCCGCCAAACCAUCUGUUGAGAGUCCCAAGAAAACACCCGGAAAGACCACGACAACAACACCAAAAGAUACAAAGGUCACCACGGAAACCAUGAAGGAUCGCCUGAGAUCUUCUGUACGUAAGGAUAAAACUUCGCCAAAGAAACCCGAUCAGGUUGAUGCAGUUUCAUCACCAGAAACCAGUCCCACUCGCCUCACUGAACGUCGUAGAUCCAGUAACAUUUCCGUUAAUACCGAAAUCAUUAUCGAUCAUACGGAAUCUUCGGAAACGACAACAACAAAGAAAUCAAAAGACUCGGUUUAUAAGGAAAUCAUCGAUUCGACAACAUUGCCCGAAAAGUUAUCUCGAAGAAUGCCUGUAACGGAACGUAAAGAAUCUGCUCCCGUCCAUAGGGUAACACGUAAGGAUAAGGAUACGAAAAUGUCCCGCUCCACAAGUGAGAAUCUAAUUAAGGUUCAAAAGAAACCUGAAAAUGAUAAGCCGACAAUACUGACACCAACCUCAGACAAGAAACCAUCUCCAAAGCCGAGUGCCGAUCAUCGUCGCCCCAAUAAAUGCUUUGCCACAAAAUCUAUAAAUCUGAGUGCUACCGAUCGUUUGAUGACCAGCGAGGAUAUGGAGAAUGUCAUCAUCGAUAUUCAACAUGCCAAGAGUUCAAGAGAACCGUCGCCGGAUAAAAUUGUACCAACACCAGUACCGGCUCAUUUGGAUACGGGCAAACCAAGAUACCCCGAUGUGGUUCAAGAACCUGAAGACGAGCCCAAACGCAAACCGGUCGUUAAGAAUAUACCCAUUUAUGAGGAGGAAAACAACAGCUAUGUGGGUUGUCACAUCAGAGAAGUGAGUCGCAGAACCUACGAAGAGGAAGAGGACAUUUUGUGCACUCCCCUGGUGGAGGCUCCUUCUAGUUUGGAUUAUCCUUCGAUUUCGGAAAAAUCAUACCACACUACAACGGUCAUUACCGAUGAUGAAUCCCUUCUAAGUGUUCACGACAAAGUCAAUCGAUUCCAAAACAUUGCGGAGGAAGUUAAGAAACCCAAAACUUCCAGCCCCUUCCACAGGGAAUUUGAUGACAAGACACGUGUGCCCGACAACGACGAUUGCCUGUUGAGUGUCGACGAAAAGGUCGAUAAGUUCAUAAAGAGUGCCGAAAGCCUGACCAGCAAACAGACAACAAUUACCACGGCACGUGACUCGAAACCAAAAGAAUUCCCCGAGGAAGAUGACCUAGAAGUCACUGAAUGCCCAUUUACAACAGUUAAAUUGGCUCCGAGUGAACCACAAAAGUCGCCCGAGCUAGUUAGACACAUAUCCCGACACAUUUCACGUCAAAGUGAUAUGGGAGAGCCGACCACAACGGAGCACACCCAUCGUAAUGACACAACGAUGCAUGAGGAAUGCAUAAGCAGCCAAACCACUGCCGAGGAAUUUGUGACUCAUCGUCGUGACCAGACAUCAGCUGUAAAACAACGACGUCCAGUUGAUGAUUACGAAGACGAUGAUGAUCACGGUGGGGAUAAUGAUGAAGUGCACAUAAGCGAUAUUCCCGAUGACGAUAAUGACGAUGAAGAGUUAAUACCCCACACUGCAAUGCAUACCAUUCGUUUGGAGGAACGUCGUCAGAAAGACAUUUUAACCAGACCAUCUGUCUUCGAUAACAGCAAAACUCGUGGAGGCAGCUCGAAGCCAACGCCAAGUAAGCCAACAACAACAAAAACGCCAACCUCCAGCAGCAGAGUCAACAAAACUCAGCCCAGGUAUGUGUCACCGGCAAUGAAAGAUUCGGAGAAAUCCAGGCAAUCCACACCACAGCAGCAACAACAACAACAACCACAACGGCCACAGGUAAAAUCGAAGCACUCGCCAAAGGUAGCUGCUACGGCGACCACUACAAUUACCACCAGCCAUAGCACCACUACCAACGCGGCUAAUAAACGCCAGCCGCAUACACAAUCGCCUCAACAACGGCGCACACAUCCAGACACUGAUUCCGAUUACCGGGUUAGCAGUAACAAAAACGAAACGUCAGUUAAAAGUAGCACAACAAUCAACAACAGACAAAAACCCAAACAUCAGCCAACGACUGGCAGCAUUAACGGGCCCAAAAAAUCUCCACAGUCACCGCAGUCGACCGUCGGCAAAAAGUCCCCAAUGCACACAACCGAACAGCGACGAACGAGCACCACCACCACUCACAUUAAGAAUGCGAAUCGCAGCCACGUCGAAGUCGACGAUGCUGUAAGCGACGACGACGACAACGUCGACUAUGUUGAGGAAUUUCAGGUAGUUGAAGAGGUUGAGCCCAACGAUAGUGAGACAGAACUGAUCAUUAACUCUGACACAACAGUACGGUCAACGAACAGCCACACGAACGAAGAAGAAACAGUCAAGACAAAACAAUCGACGACCAUCAACAAAAAAGAGCCAACAACCUCCUCAAACACUGUAUCGAAAUCUCCCACCAGCCGACCAAAAAUGAAAGAAAUGACACCAGGUUCAAUGGGCCCAUCCGCACCACUCUCUUCACCCGGUAGAAGCACAAAAGAUCACCAACCCGUAAAUUUAACCGAGAGAAGCACUUUACUCAAACACAGCACCACAAACAGUAAAUACUCCCCCAGCACCACUGAAACAAAUGAAUCAUUUUUAGAAAAUCGUCCACCCGUCAAGAAAACACCAGGACAAUCGGCGACGUACAGGCCGAAAACGGUGAUAACCACAACGGAGUCGGUGGCAUCGCGCAGGAGUCUCUUUGAGAACCACCACAACAACCAAACUAAACCGGUGGCUAAGAGACCAAUAGUGCCAACAACUACCAGUAGCCCCAGCCCCAGUUCGGGAAGGAGACCAUCGUAUAUGGACCACACCAAGAGUUCGCUGGAACACAUCCGUCGUGAUUCCCUGGAAAUAAAUAAAACGAAUUAUACUCGUCGUCCAUCGGGUGGUAAUGAUGAUGAUGCUCCCGAUCGCAAUUCCCAAGUUAAGUUCGAUGUACCACAAAAACCCCGUUCCGAACAGCAGCAAUUGGAUGUGGAACCCGAAGAGGAACAUAAUAUUGAAGAGAUCUUUGAUUUGGUGAUAUUGGAGAAAUUACUCGAAACGGUUACAUCGUACGAGUUACGACGACGCAUACGGGCUCAAAUCCGUUUGGUCAAGAAGAAUAUGAGUAACACCACUUCCACCACGACCACCAUCACAACGAGGGAUACUAAAACGAAACCGUCCAGUAGCCAGGUAAUUAGCAAAAAAGAAGAAAAACAACAACACUACUAUUACAAAGAGGAGCACCAAAAGGAGGAGAGGCUUUCAUCAUCCACUCACACCUCGCCGGAACGGAUACGCACCACUCAAGUAACAAAGGUAACCAGACGCACCGAAAGUCCUGAUUCGAAAUAUUCAAGUCCCCGUGAACGUAGUCUUAGUCCCCAAACGAGACUUACCCAGACAAGGGUUUGCAGUCGAACGCACGAACGCAGUCCCAGCCCCAGCUUUACAACCGAAAUUCAGCGCAAAGAAAUCCAAGUGAAGGGAACGAAAAAGAAGCAGUAUGAAAAUGUAGAGCACGUCGAAGAAAUCUAUCGGGAAUCGACUCCAAAAAUAAGGAAACCCAAAGCCUACUACCCCAUCGAUGAUGACGAGGAAGUUGAUAUGUUGCCCAGGGCCACCAAUAAAAAUGAAGUUUCCGAGGAAUACGAUAGUGCUGAAGUCGAGGAACGUACGUAUAAAAAGGAAACUACUCACAGACGUUCCUCGAGAAAAUCCAUAUCGCCUCAAUCUUCGCCGGACCGACAAAAACCGUCGACUACUUCGUCUCGUACAACGUCACCACAGGGCAAAAAACCAGUAGCGAGUAAAGUUUCGCCCAAAAGUCCUGAACGUAAAACCAUAAUUACUGAACAGCAGCAACAACAAACUCUCUUCACAUCUAAGACACAACCGAAACGUACUCCUGCCACUUCUGCACCUCUGAAAUCGAAUGCCGAACCAAAAACACCCGUUUGGGCUGAUCGUAAAAAUAUUUUGAAAUCACCUUCGGCCACACCGAAAAGACCAGUGACCAGCGAUUCGAGAGUGUCGUCGUCCAGUGUUAGUCGUACCAUGAAAUCCAGCACAAAUCAAAAAGUUAGCAGCACUAAGUCAUCGUAUAUCGAAGAUGAUUGCAUCACAUCGAGUUAUGGUAUUGGUCCGACCGAUGAAAAUGGUCUACCACUCUUUGGCAUUAGGGCACUGAAAAAGAAGAAGCCACAACAACAGCAACAACAAGAGCCACCACAGCCUGAACCAACCUGUGAAACAACUGAAGAAGUCACUGGAUAUGUUGUCGAAGAGAAAUACUAUUCGGAUAAUAAAUCCAAACCAAUUGUGGAACGCAAAGAAAUCAUUUAUUCCACCAAUCCUGAAGAAUUGGAGGCCAUUAAGGAAAAAGUCAAAGAAACCAAAACGACAACAACAACACUAAAAUCGAUUAAACACGACAAAUUGGAAUCGGAUGAUGAGCCAUUUGGUGGUAAUAGUUCGAGUUAUAAAACUAGAACCAUAACAUCGGUACGCUCAAGCCCCGAAGAAUUUUUGGAAUCAUCCACAACAAAAUAUGUGCGUCGUGGUUCAGUCAAGGAAAUGAGUGAAAAAUUCUUACAAAAAGAAUCCGCAUCCAUGGUUUCGGAAAAGACAAAUAAUUAUCCAAAAGCGGGUCUAAUAUUGCGCACUAAUUCACGUAAACAAAGUCGGGACAAUGAUGAUAUGGAUGGUGAAAACAAUGGUAAAACCAUACAAUACAGAAAUGACGAAGACGACGAGGACGACUGCCAAGUGGAGUCUUGUGACCAAUAUAUUGUCGAGAGUGAAAGUGAAACGGAAUCGAUUAAAAAGACACAACGAGAAUUUAAGAAAGUGACCUCAACCAAAUCAUCGUCAUCACGAUCAUUUUUAAACACCAAAGGUGAAGAAAAGGUAAUAACCAGUGUUGAUGAUGUCUUGGAACGUAUGCGAAAUGCCGAUAAUGUUGUUGAGGAUGGUGACACAGCUGAGGAUCAGGAAGCCAGGGCUUUGUUGAAUAAGUUUUUGGGUGCUAGCAUUAUAAUGAAAGGCGUCGAAUCGACAAUACCCACAAUACCGAAUGUAAAUCGCGAAACGAAAAUUAUAACAACGACAACAACUGGUGGCAGUGGACGACAACCAGCUAAACACGAGGUAAAAACUACACGUGUAACGAAAUCCAUUAAAUCGGGAAGCUCUUCUUCACCAGUUAUAGAGACAACUUGUGAUAUCGAGGAGAUCUGGGACGAAGAAAUUCUAAAACAAUUGUUGGAACAAGCUAAAACUUACGAAGAACGCCGUAAAAUCAGAUCACGUUUGAGGGAACUUAUGGCUGACCGUGCAGAAAAGAACAGUUGCCAGCAGACAGGCAAAGAAGAAGGAGAAUCUGCUUCUGCUGCUGUAGCCGCUGGAAAACGCGUUGAAGAAUUGAAAUCGCCUGUUCAGAGGAGUGAAAGCAGUGCCAGCAGUGAAUACGAAAUAAUCGAAGAGGAAGUAACCUGUACAGAAUCCGAAUCGGAAGAGGUUCAGGAAACUGUCACAGAGACCCCCAAAAAGGGGGAGGAACCCAAGAAGAAGACCGAGGAAGUCGAAAAGGAAGAGAAAACAUCAGCUACGCCACCAGACGUAGUACCAGCUGAGACUAACAGUUCCGAAGAACAAGUCCAAAAGGUAGAAGCAGAAACAAAGGAAUCUGACGUCACAGAUUCCGGCAAAGAAACCACUGAUAGCUGCCCGGAAAAGGGUGAGUCGUCUGCCAUGCCCACGCAACAAGGCUCGAUGCACCAACAACAAAAUAAAAUGAUGCAAGUCCAUCAGGCAAAUAAUCAAAAGCUGGCCAGCCAACAUAGCAGUAAUCCAGCAGCAACCUCUAAACUCAGUAGUGAUCGUAGUCAAAUGCACGCUCCUUCGAAUAACAAACAGAAAUCCUCUACGCAUCUGGCCAAUGGCCAGACUAGCAAUCCAACUGUGACAGUGACUGCAGGCAACAACACUAUGGUUAGGGAUCUAGGUAGUAACUCGUUAGAAGCAUUAGGUAGUAACAACAACACUAGCGGUAGUAGUAGUUCCCAAAGACAAGUAGAUCGACUAGGUGUGCCUCAGAAGGAAGAUUCGGGUACAGAGAGUGGCGAAGAUUUGCGUUUCAUUGCGGCUGGUCUGCGCGAUCAAUUGCAAAUGAAGAGUGAUUCAAACAUCAUCGACGAUGUCACCUGUGCCCUUAGCCGUUUGGAAGCGUCGCUUAAGGAAGGCAAAGACAUUUCGGUGGAUACGGAAAAACGCAAAGCUCUGUUGGCUUUGGUGGGUCGGCUGCAAGCAGGUCUUACUUCGCCGGAAAAAUUGGCUGAAAUUGCUGCAGCCAUGUCGGAACUCGAUGGUCACGACGCUGUCUACGGUGAAACAUCGUCACCGGAGGCAGAUGCCCAUCGAUCAAAUCGACAACGAUUCGCCAAACGUCGCAAUCGUAUUGAUCGCCACACGGUGGGUGUUAGUCGUGAGGAGCUGGCCGAUGCCCGACGUUACAUGGAGGACAUGUUGAUAAUGGAGAAUAUUUGCCAAGCCACAACUCCCGAGGCUGCUAAUAGCAAUUCACCUCCACAAUGGUUCCCCCUGGAGAAAAAUGCAUCCACUGGUUCCAUUCUUAUGCACAACAAUAGCUCGACAAUGAGACAAAAUAAUUUCCUCAACGAGAAUUACACGCAAAAUUCUGCACCGAGCAACAGCCAUCUGCAUCCCAACUCCCAAACUGCGGGAAAACGUAGACCAGUAUCUGGAGAUUUUUCGGUGAGUUUUGGAUUGCCUUCAACCGCUUAUGAGGAUAGUUCAACUGCUCCGCAGACUCUAGUCGAUAGACAACAAGCUGCCUAUGUUGAGCAGCGCAAUGCAGAUAACGUCUCCUCCGAUACAAAUUCAAAGUUCGCCAGAUUUACAAAUAAGAAGCAGCUUAUGAAACGGGCAAACACCAUUGAUAUUGCAAAGACGAAGCGGUUCAAUUCGGACAUGGAUACAGAUUCAGAUGCCGAAGAUAGAUCGCACACCAUUGGCCUCAAACGCACAGUUCAUCCCACCGUCAAGAAGAGAGUGGCAAAUGUCGUGCCACCCUUUGAGCCGAAAACGGAAAACGAUCGCAAAUUCCUGGCCUUCAUCAACAAACAAAGUGAUAAACCCGGACUGGGUUGGACCAACUCUCGAUCCGUGUCGAACUGGACAACUAAAUUUGGUUCUUUAAAACACACCUUUGAGGCGGGCGGCAGUGGUACAGUUACAGCCGCCAAGCCCCCACAAAUUCCCUCACACAUACAUCCGAGACCUGCAACACAACAGGUCCACAAACAGCCUCAAGCUCCGGUACAGAACUACAUGAGCACCAAUCAACAAAUUGCUCAACGACUACAACAGGAAGCACAGCGCCAAGCCGAGGAACGUAGAAUAAAAUUGGAGUACGAACGCAUGGAGGCUGAGCGCAGGGAACGUGAAAAAUUGGAGAUGCUGCGCCAACAGCAACAAAGAGAGCGAAUGGAACGAGAACGCUUGGAAAGAGAGUACUACGAACGGGAGAUUAGGGAGCGUAAUCAACGGGCGGCACAACAAAAUGCCGCCCAAAUGAAUGUUCCCAAACCCAUACCAAUCAAUGAGUUCAAACAUGCGCCUCAGUCUGUGUUUAGGCCCAUCGACAACGGGGACACUCAGCAAAGAGGUAUUUACAAGCCCAUACCGCAAUUACCUACAGGCCCACAUAGUUGGCAAGCUCCCUCAGCUGUCAGUAGCCGAUCACAUGAACCCUUAUCACCCAGUAGCUAUGCACCACAUACAAGGCCCGAUAAUUCAUUUAUCACAACACCUCCGCCAUCUUCUAAAUCUCCCAUUGGUUUGCCAUGGACUUCAAAGCCCACUGUGGAUUCCAGUAGUUUUAAGAGUAAAGCUAAUAAAUUUGAAGAACGUUCCAAAUACGACAACUACAACAAUGGAGCAAUGCUACAGAGACACCACUCCCUGAGGACAUCUAAUGUAAAUAUGCCUCCAAAUGACGAUUUUAAGAAAAGACCAUCGUUGCCAAACACCAGUGACCCAUACGGUGUUCAGCGUAACUAUCAUCAUAAUGACUAUUCCGCCAAUCCUCCUCUAUCAUACACAGCAACAAAUCCUCCAUUGUCUUAUUCGGCAACGGCUGCUCCGGCACCACCACCACCCACAAAUAUCUCCUUCGUGUACAAUAACCACACCUCGAAGCCAACAUACUUGAGCUAUCCAUGUUUACCCACAGCUGUCAUGGAAUCGACUGCUACUUAUUCUCGUUCUCGCGAGGACUCCCUGACCAAUCCACAGGCUGUGCCUUUGGUGUUGACCAGUUCAAACCCAUCAUACUGUCCUCCACAGCAGCAGCAACAACAACAACUGCAGGCGCAACCCGCUAGGGAGUAUAUGUCAUCAUCUACUCUAGAUGUGAUGAGUCCACCGGACAGUGCUCUCACGAGUCCCAGCAUUCCUGCAAUGCAACAACACCCACAAACCGAUUACACAGACGAUGACCUGGACUCAGACAAUCUGACAGAGUACAGAGCAGUCAGCAAAGUCAUGGCCAAGCCACAAUCCCAGACCGCCGUUACAGUUGGCAGGCGUGCGGGCCAUGUGAGUGACGAUGAAGUGUAUGGCAAGAACUCCAAAGCGGCGAAGAGCCUUCUCUCCACAAUGAAGAAUAUUGGCAAUAAGUCCAAUGGCGAUACUAAACGUCCACAGGCCUUGCAAACUACCAAACGUCCAGAGGCAGUAACAUCACCACAGACCUGCCUGUCACCAGAUGGCCGUGCUUACCAAGCCCCCAUGGUAGAUCCCAUCUUCCCAGAUUUGACGAACUUCGAACCGAAUCGUAAGCCUUUUUUGGAAAAUCUAGCUAAACGUGCGCCACCCGCACCACAACAACAGUCGCCCGUGAUCAUCCAAAGUCAAGCACCCACAUACCCUCCUAGACAAUGUGCAUCUCCUACACCUUAUGUGAGUGAAACUCAAACCUCCUAUGUAGUCACAUAUCCCAUGGAUGAUACCACCGAUGAUGAGGAUCAAAGCAGAUAUUCAUCGUACAGCCGCAGUAGCGACGCAGUACCGGUGAGGCGAUCAAGGAACACCAGUGAAACGUCAACCAUAAGUUCAACAACAACAGCACCGAUGGUAUAUACCAAUCAUGUACCCUCGCCAAAUACCAGUUGGACCACAAAUCCUAUUAAUGAGCCGACCAUUGUUUCAGCUGCAGGUCAAACCUACUAUGAGUCAGCUCCCACUCAAAACUAUGCAAGUCAUACAAUGACGACCUCGCAAAGCACUAUGCAGCAAAAACCAUUGCCAUCCCAAACGACACCCAAAGUGCCGACCCAAUAUCAACCAUCUUCACCGGCUGCCUAUACAAAUUCUACGCCAGCUCCUUAUCCGUCGACGACAACAACAACAGCACAAUACCAAUCCACUUCUCAGGUACCACAGCCUUCCCCAACGAAAACAAAUUUGACCAAUCCACCACAAUAUCCAACUUCAUACCCGUCCAGUCAACAAAACAAUAAUUACGAAGUAUCGCAACCUCAAAAACAACAAAUUCCCUCUCAAGUACCCACUAACCAACCAAAAAUGUCGGUGGGGCAAACUAGUCAAGCGAUAUCAGUGCCAGAAAAAACUGCAACCCCAACCAAAACUAAGAAAACGGUAGCAUCUUCAGCCUCGAAACUAUCCCAGGAGAAGAUUAGCACCAAAACUUCUUUGGCUAAGAUGAGAAAGUCUGUUAGUGAGGACUACCAGGAUGUAAAGAGUGUAACAACAGCCACCAGCAGAAAGGCAAGUAUUGGCAAGGAAAAUGCCAUCAGUCAAGUCGAGCAGCAGAAAAUCGAACGUCAAACAACUGACGUUCGCCGCAAAAGCUUGGGAAAUACUGUGGAAUAUCAGAAAAUGGAACAACGCCACGUCACUGCCAUGGAAAGCCAACAGACAACAGUGCAACCACAGCAACAGAUAUACAAAUCUUCAGCGCCCCCGGAUACUCCGGAUAUUGUAAAAUCGUCUCUACCCAAAGACGAAAACCAACCGAUUUUGAAAAAGUUCGGACCACCACAGAGACACCAUUACACACCGAACUCUUAUCAAAACCCUCUGGGCAAAGCCGAUACGACAUCGACCACAGCGUUAGCCACCUCUAAAACAGAACACCACACUAACAGCGUUAAAGUUACUGCCACAAAAUCGAUUCUAAAGACAUCUGUCAGCACGAAGGCACCCACGGUAAUCGAGAAACCUGCUUCCCCAGAACCCGAAGAGGAAUACAUACCGCGAAAUAUCGUCUACAAUAACAUUCAUGCCUUCACAGCAAUGUCUGCUCGACGCCCCGAGGAGAACAGAUCUCACUUUGAGCCCGUGAUCAGACCGAAUAAGCUCAGUAAGUCCGAUUCAUGGAAUCAAAUAGUCAACCUGCAAAAUCAAGCAUCCGCACAGAAAUUCGUUCCAUCACCCACACAUGAAUUGAGACGUACCAAAUCUGGUCACACCCUGAGCAUACCGAAAAUGUACGAGGCUGGUCUGGACAAGACAGAGGUUACAGAAAAACAGAGAACCGUUGCCGCCUACUUCUCCGGCCAGAAGUCACCCGUAAACACUGAACAAACGGUGGUUGAGCAAACCAAAAAGUCGACCAUAAAUCGCACCAAGACCAGCGAGAAAAUUUCAGCCAGUCGCAAAUCGAUGGGCUCCCACCACACCACAGUCAUCCAGCCUAGUGGUGGCCUGACACGCAGUGCCACAAUGCCACACAUAGCCAAUUUACGUUUACUGGACGAAAGCAAUGUCGAAGAUGCUUUCGAACAGUUGAUAAUGGAUGCAAAACCACAACAGUCUUGCACAUCGACAACCGAAAAAACCGAAACGAAGGGUAAAGAUGGAGCUGUUGUAACAACAACUACUAAAGUUACAACUCGUACCGUUAGCGGAACAGGACCUAAACCAGUUUCAGCAUUUGCCAAAUUCAAGCAAUUGGAUAGACAAAAUUCUCAACAAUCCGCUAAAUCUCCAACAACACCCACAACACCGGGUGGAGGCUCUUCAGCCUCACCAUCUGCUACCGGUAAUGCACCGAUAUUCAGAUUUACCGAUCCUUCAUUAAAUGCACGUGCCGCCACUGCUAAGGAACAGCUUCUACAGUGGUGUCAAUCGAAAACAAAGGAAUACGAGAAUGUCCAAAUAACCAACUUUAGUUCGUCCUGGGUCGAUGGUUUAGCAUUUUGUGCCCUGAUACAUCAUUUCUUGCCAGAUGCCUUCGAUUAUAGUAAACUAACUCCACAAAAUAGAAGAGAAAAUUUCGAAUUAGCUUUCACAGUGGCUGAUGAGAAAGCCGGCAUAGCCCCCUUAUUAGAUGUUGAAGAUAUGGUUGUGAUGAAACGACCCGACUGGAAAUGUGUCUUUGUUUAUGUGCAAAGCAUCUAUCGCCGUUUUCGAAAUUGCCAAUAAUCAAUUUUCA